CCGCCGGUGGAGAUGAUGGCGGAGGGCGGCGGCGGGCAGCGGCUCAAGGCGCUGUCCCUGCUAGAGGCAGCCCGCUGCCGCUAUGAAAGCCUGCAGAUUUCCGACGACGUCUUCGGGGAAUCGGGCCAGGACAGCAGCGGCAACCCGUUUUACAGCACCACCGCGGAGUCGCGCUCUGCCUCCGAGGAGGAAGACGACGAGGAGGAGGAAGAGGAAGAGGGCGAAACCCCCGAGGGUGGACGCAGCCAUCGGGGCAGGACUGGAGGACGCCAAGGCUCCAAGGCGUCGGCAGCGAAAGAGCAGGAGGAAGAGCAGCAGCAGCAGCAAGUGCAAGGUGGCUUGGAGGCGACUUUCCUGGGUCCCGCGGAGCAACAGCGGCGGGAGGAGGAGGAGGAGGAGGAGGAAGGCGAGAGGGGCUGGAGCCAGAGCCUGCGGAACACCCCGACCCCUUCUUUCAAGGAUAGCAGCGGUCCAACUCGCAAAAUGCCACCCACUGCCAGUGCCAUGGACUUUUUCCAACUCUUUGUUCCUGAUAAUUUGCUAAAGAACAUGGUGAUUCAAACCAACAUGUAUGCCAAGAAAUACCAGGAGCGGUUUGGCAGUGAUGAGGCUUGGAUGGAUGUCACUCUGAUAGAAAUCAAGGCCUUCCUUGCCUAUAUGAUAUCUACAAGCACUCACCAUUGUGAGUCGGUCCUCGGCAUCUGGAGUAGUGGUUUCUAUAGCAACAAGAGCAUCGCAUUAAUCAUGACUCAGGCAAGAUUUGAGAAGAUUCUUAAGUACUUCCAUAUUGUGGCCUUUCGUUCGAGUCAGACUACACAUGGCCUCUAUAAAAUCCAGCCCUUUCUGGACUCUCUGCAACAUAGCUUUGACUCUGCUUUCAAGCCUUCCCAAACACAGGUACUCCAUGAGCCUCUGAUUGAUGAAGAUCCAGUUUUCAUUGCCACCUGCACAGAGCGAGAAUUACGUAAGAGGAAAAAACGGAAAUUCAGUCUCUGGGUACGGCAGUGCUCAUCAACCGGGUUUAUAUGCCAGAUCUAUGCCCAUCUGAAGGAAAGCAGUGGGACUGAAGGUCUGGAUGCUUUGAAGAACAAAGCCCAGCUUCACAGCAUAGUGGCCAAGAGUCUUUGUCAGAAUGUCACGGGGAAAAACUGUAUCAUCUUCACUGGCCCCAGCAUUACCAGCCUGAACCUCUUUGAAGAAUUUGAAAAACAAGACAUUUAUUGCUGUGGAUUGCUAAGUACAAGGAAAAGUGACUGCACAGGGUUGCCUUCCUCAAUGCUAAACAACCCAGAGACCCCCCAGUCUCGAGGACAUUACAGGAUAAAAAUGAAAAGAAACAUGUCUUUGAUCUGCUGGUACAAUAAAGGCUACUUUAGAUUUUUGACCAAUGCUUAUUCUCCACUUCAACAAGGAGUUAUCAUUAAGAGGAAGAGUGGAGAGAUCCCAUGCCCUCUUGCAGUGGAAGCCUUUGCUGCUCAUCUUAGUUAUAUUUGCAAAUAUGAUGACAAAUAUAGCAAGUAUUUCAUUUCUCAUAAACCAAACAAGACCUGGCAACAAGUCUUCUGGUUUUCCAUCAGCAUUGCCAUAAACAAUGCUUACAUCCUGUACAAAAUGUCUGACGCCUAUCCUGUGAAAAAAUACAGCCGAGUACAAUUUGGUGAGAGACUCGUAAAGGAGCUGCUUGGAUUGGAAGAGCCCUCACCUGGCCAUUGAUGGAUCCUUCUUCUCAGCUUAGGCUAGGAGUGGGGGAGAUGGAGGAAAGAAGAGGGAAAGAACUCUGGGAUGCCAAGAUGGGUAACUUACUAUUCCAUGUGACAAAAUAACUAGGGAAGCCCUUAAGUAUGCUGGUGUCUUCCCAAUGGCCUUGUUGAUGUUCAAAGGGCCCUCAAGAGAGCACUGUAUGAAAGCUGCACAUGUGAGUGCAACACAAGCAUCGGUGAAUCAGAAGUGAAUUUAUGUUAGCUAUUGCUCAAUCUGAUUUUUCAAACAGGGUGUUAGUUGUCACACAAAUCCUUUUCCCUAUCCCUUUUCAAGAUAGAAAGGCUCAACAAUUCCAGUUGGGCAUGUUAUUGUUUGUUUGUUUGUUUUUUAAUCAGUGCACAAUGUGUAAAGUUAUGCACUGCUGUGUGGCUGAGAAGAGGUUGCUAGAAGAGAAAUAUAUAUAUAUAUAUAUUAAAAAUAUAUAAAAAAAUCUAUUUUGCAAGCCAGUGAUUAGGCAAUGGCAGAUGAAGACAGUAGACUGAAGAUUUUAUUUUGUUGCAAUGCUUUUAGAUUGUAAAAGGGGAUAUAAUUUUGACAGAAAAAUGUUUUUUUUAAUAUAAAGGAACAGUGAGAAACUGAAAAGUUUACCAAACUAAGUUCAUUGUGCUAUCUGAAGUCCAAGAUUAAUUUCAGUUAUGCCAUAACAAAAGCAUAUGAGAUUUAAUUGCAAUCAUCCUGUGUUAUUCUCCAGACCUUGGAUUUUUCUACACAAUGUGAGAAACAUAUAAAAGAUUCUCUGAGGAAUUAGUUUCUCCUUAAUGGUGGCUGGAUUUGUGCUUUUUGCACAGUGCUGCAUAAACGUAUAUGCCAAAUCCAGAAAUAGUUAAAGGUACAAUUGGAGGCCUCAAACCUAAUGAUAUAUACUGGUAAGUCUAAAACCAAAUGACAUAAUUUGUUGCAAGUUGAUGUGUCAUUUGUGAAAUUGCUGAGUGAGGCACAAUAUAUUUUCAAUUGUGUUAUUUCCAUUUGUCCUUUAAAAACUCUUACCCAAAACAAUUUAACAUUUCUAGAUGCUGAUAAAUAUCUAAGUACCCUAUACAUCUCCAUACUGAUGAAUGAAUGCUGAGUCACUGCCAAAAAGUUAUGACAACAUUUUCUUAUUUUGCUCAGUUAACAUCAAACUCGUCAGCUAGCUUUUUCCCAAGGCAUUUACUUCAUUAUGAUUCCAUUGUUUUGGCCAUCUUGCUGCCUUGUCGUUUAUGACAAAUGAGACACUUUUCUAAAGAAAAAAAUCAUUGCAAUACUAGACAAUCAGAAUCACUUGCAUGCUAAACUUUGUUAUGAACCAGUUCCAAAGCA